AUGUGCCGCAUGGCCUGCCGCGUCUACUCCUGCAACCACAUCGACGAGACCCUCACCACCGGCACGGGGCCCGGCUUCCCGCACCCCUACGGCGAGACGUGCCUCCAGCUCUGGAAGCACUGCCACGAGGCGCACAUCCGGCUGCGCGGGCUCCCGCGUGGUGGCACCGGUCCGGAUGCGGACAAGCCGUACGGGCCGCCGGACCCGAACUACAUCUGCUAUGCGAACCUGCUGGUCAUCGAUCCGACGGCGGAUGAUCAGGCGCUGUACCCGAUUGAUCUUGUGGGGAAGUGUCCCGAUUGUGUGGUGAAGGAUAAGGAGGAUAGGGGGAAUAGGGCGGAGAAGAAGGCGGCGUGGAGGAGGAGGAUUGCGAUGUGGGUGAAGGAGAGUGCGGAUGCUGCUGCUGGGCAGUCUGGAGAUGAUGAUAGAGGAGAGGGGGAGGGGGGAGGGGGAGGGGGAGGGUGA